GGUAUUCUUCAAAUAGAAACCCCAAGUCAAUAGGUUCCGUACCUGAGGGUAGUUGACUUGUUAGAAAUAGUGGGAGAGUAUUUAAUAAAGACCUAUUAGAUACUUAAUUCAUGAUAAUAACUAUCUUCGCAAAACAAAUCUGUAGAUGGCAAACAACAACACAAACAACCUCGCCCUGCGUUCCAUUCUGGAUAAAGAUAAAUUGAACGGAACAAACUUUGUUGACUGGCAACGCAAUCUCUGCAUUGUUCUCCGCAUGGAUGAGAAAGAGUAUGUGCUCGAAAAGCCCAUUCCUCCUGCCCCUCCCGCUAACGCCCUGAAAGCGGUCAAAGAUGCCUACGAGAAACACGUUAAGGAUGACAACCAGGUUAGCUGUGUCAUGCUGGCUACCAUGAUACCCGAGCUGCAAAAACAGCACGAGGACAUGAAGGCCCACGAGAUGAUCGUGGCCUUGCGGCAGCUAUACUAGGGGCAAUCCAGGCAUGAACGUUUUCUCGUGAGUAAGGCUCUCUUUAGUUGCAAGCUCUCUUCAGGGAACCCGGUCGGUCCGCACAUUCUCAAAAUGAUUGGUUACAUAACCAAUCUGGGAAACUCGGGUUCUCCUUGCAGAAGGAGUUGGCAACGCACCUGAUCCUGCAGUCGCUCCCUGAGCUGUAUAAGGGUUU